AUGGACAUCGGUGGGGUUGUCGAAGAAGUAUGUGAUUCAGAUGGUGCCAUUGAAGAUUGGAUACCAUGUUGCAUACCACUUGAGGACGAUGGAGGUGGUGGUGGUGGCAUACUACUUGACAUUGGAGGGGGCAUACCACUAGACAUCAUCGGGGGUGGCGGCAUUGCACUGGAGGAUGACAUCGGCGGUGGUGGCAUUUCACUCGAUGAUGACAUCGGCGGUGGUGGCCAUUUCACUCGAAGAUGA